AUGAAGUGGCGUCCCGCAAACUUACUGCUAUUUACCGUCUGCUUCCUAGCGGCGGCUCAACAGCUCGUACAGGCCCGUGUCGCCUUCGAGAAGCUGACCGACUAUGACUUCCAGGGUACGACGUACUACAGCGUCAAGAAUCUGUCGCUGUACGAGUGCCAAGGUUGGUGCCGGGAGGAACCCGACUGUCAGGCGGCAGCAUUCAGCUUCGUCGUGAACCCGCUGACACCCGCCCAGGAGACACUCUGUCAGCUGCAGAACGUGACGGCCGCAAACAACCCGGCCAGUACGCCGCAGCGCUCCUCCAGCAUGUACUACAUGGUGAAGCUUCAGCUGCGGUCCGAGAACGCUUGCCAGCGUCCGUGGAAUUUCGAGCGUGUCCCGAACAAAAUCAUUCGCGGGCUGGACAACGCGCUGAUCUACACCAGCACGAAGGAAGCCUGCCUGUCGGCGUGCCUGAACGAGAAGCGUUUCAUCUGUCGCUCGGUCGAGUACGACUACAACAACAUGAAGUGCGUGCUGAGCGAUUCCGAUCGCCGAUCCGUUGGCCAGUUCGUUCAGCUGGUCGAUGCGCAAGGUGUCGACUAUUUCGAGAACCUUUGCCUCAAGCCGAGCCAGGCGUGUAAGUUUAACCGCCAGUUCCAGCUGCCCCGCAUUGGCGUCUCGGAUGAUAAGGUGUCCCAGUACGUUGGGCUGCACUACUACACCGACAAGGAGUUGCAGGUGACGUCCGAUACGGCGUGCAAGCUGGCUUGUGAAAUCGAGAGCGAAUUCCUGUGCCGUUCGUUCCUGUACCUUGGCCAACCUACCGGUUCGCAGUACAACUGCCGGCUGUACCAUCUCGACCACAAAUCGCUGCCCGAUGGACCCUCGACCUACCUGAACGGCGAACGUCCGCUGAUCGAUGUCGGUGAACCGAGCGGUGAUUACUUUGAGAAUAUCUGCGAAAAGCAAACGAACCAGGCCGAAAAUACGCUCCCUGUUGUGUUUGAUACCGUUGAGGAUCCGUCCGUCAAUAAUCUCACCCGAAAUGAUGCUAACUGCGAUAAAACUGGAACUUGUUACGACGUGUCCGUCCACUGCAAGGAUACACGUAUUGCUGUGCAAGUACGCACCAACAAACCGUUCAAUGGACGCAUCUACGCUUUGGGACGAUCGGAAACCUGUAACAUUGACGUUAUCAAUUCCGACACCUUCCGCCUCGACCUAACCAUGGGUGGACAGGAUUGUAAUACACAGAGCGCGACCGGCAUCUACAGCAACACCGUUGUCCUGCAGCACCAUUCGGUCGUGAUGACGAAGGCGGACAAAAUCUACAAGGUCAAGUGUACGUACGAUAUGAGCUCGAAGAACAUUUCCUUCGGUAUGCUGCCGAUUCGUGAUCCGGAGAUGAUCCACAUCAACUCGUCGCCGGAAGCUCCACCACCAAGGAUUCGCAUUCUGGAUGCACGUGCACGCGAGGUGGAGACCGUACGCAUCGGAGACCGGCUGACGUUCCGUAUCGAAAUCCCAGAAGACACUCCCUACGGCAUCUUUGCGCGAUCGUGCGUUGCCAUGGCAAAGGAUUCCAAGAGCACGUUCCAGAUCAUCGACGACGAUGGUUGUCCGGUCGAUCCGAGCAUCUUCCCCGCCUUCACGCAGGACGGCAAUGCGCUGCAAUCGAUCUACGAAGCGUUCCGGUUCACCGAGAGCUACGGUGUGAUCUUCCAGUGCAAUGUGAAGUACUGUCUGGGACCGUGUGAACCGGCCGUUUGCGAGUGGGGACGCGAUUCAGUAGAAUCCUGGGGCAGGAAGCGUCGUUCCGUUACGUCCAGCAAUGACACCGUCGAAGAGGAGGAAGACAUGAACAUCUCACAGGAGAUCUUGGUGUUGGACUUUGGCGAUGAGAAGAACCGUGACUUCCUGCGCAGCGAAGCUAGUACAGACUUUGGCAGAGAUAAGACCGUCACUAUCAUCGAACCGUGUCCAACGAAGACUUCGGUGCUGGCGCUCGCCGUCACUUGUGCGCUGAUGGUGUUGGUCUACCUAUCGACACUAUUCUGCUACUACAUGAAGAAGUGGAUGCAACCGCACAAAGUCAUGGCUUAG